AUGGUCCGUAGCGAUGCGUACUGCGCCGAAGAAGACGAAAGUGAGACGGAGAGAAACCGGAGGUAUGGUGCGGACGGUAGCACCAUCAGUGCGUCAUACACCGAUUCGUCUUCUGUACCGAAGCAGGUCCCUGUAACGUUGAGUCUAGUCUUCCAGUACUUCUCUCUGCUCGCCUCCUACCACGGAGCCGUGCACGUGCCGCGGUACUGGGCGGAUCUGCUUCGCCCGUCCUCUGUGGCAGGAGCCAAAGACGACGAUGCCAGCACCAGCGAACACGCUCAUGAGUGUGCAAACGAGCUCAUCUCCCCUGUGACGGAGAUCGACCUCAGCGUUUGCUACGUGGGACCGACUAUGCUCCUGGCCCUUGCUGACCUGCUUCGCGUGCACUGUGUGACCGUGCAGCGGGGCUGCAGUCAGCGGUGGCACGUGAGCGGCAAGGCAGGCAUGGGCACGCUGCCUUCCGUGAUGGCACCACUCUGGGGCGCGGGAUCGCGUUGCCCGAGGAAGGGAGAGGAGGUGAUGUGCUCCUUGCUUCCGCACUUGACAACACUGCGACUCACGCAUCUCGCGAUGGAUUUCACGGUGCCUUACGAUGCCACAGGGUUAAAAGGCGGAAACGCGGUGCUGCGCAACAUGCUGGAGGCACUGCAGGGCCACCCCUCACUGAAGGUGCUGGACCUCUCCGGCAACCCGGUGGCCGCGGCGCUGGUGCCGACCAUUUCGCGGCUGGUGCAAAUGACGCCGUCUUUGACGACACUCAUGCUUGACGACACGCUCGUCGCGGAUAGCGAGAAAGAGAUGCUGUGUGCACAGUGCUUGCUCAAUGAGUUACGCCUACAGCGCGCGGCAGUGGAUGGUGCGGCGGCGACAGUUUCCGACGACGCUUCCCUGGCGACCUCGCCAGAGUCUGCCACACGAGGGCUGUGGGCGGCACAGAUGCUUGAGAAUGUGCUCAUGGCUGUGGAGCGCGGCGUUUCGGCUGUGCCGUGGCUCCUUGGGAAGUCUACUGCUCUGAUACGUCGCUACAGUACGUCAAAGCCGUCGCAAGCCGAGGCAUCCGCUUUUGAAGGAAGUGCUCGUAGCUCGCGCACCUCCGAUAUAGCGGACGGGCUUUCCCAGUUUGGCUCCAGCUCGGUGAACUCGUCGUACGCAACGGACGUGGCGCCGAGCUUAGAGAUAACCUAUUUGAGCUACGACUACACAAGCGAGAGCUCGGCCGCUGCCGUGGCUACAGCGCCCCCUCCGGCGGGUGCAACAUGGAGUGCCGAGUGCACCGAGGUGGCGCGAUGCGCCUUCAUGCCUCGAUCGCUGGCGCAGCGCACUGUGCUGGGAGGGCGGUCGGUGUGGCCCAACGUCCCGAAACCGCUCGAAGCGGUGGUGUCGACGGAUCUAUCUGCACCGUCGGCCGCUGCGGUGGCAGCCACGGAUCUCCUGCUUACUCUCCGUCAGCACGUGCUUCCCGAGCCCGAGGCCCCGCCGGGACUGCGCCGCGGCUCCGCACGCGAUGGCGCCUUUCUCACCACAGCGGAGGAAACGUACUGGUCCGUGCGGAAGAAGCAGGAGGUCCAGUGGGGGUACGUGUUGCAGAAGGUCUCGGAAAACCUCACCCCGGUAUUCGUGCGCAACGGACACACCCUCUACGCGGAGGGCAGCGAGUGCGACAGUAUCUACCUUCUUCCCGUAUCGAUGCAGGAGACGCGCACCUACGCGGAGCUCCACGUCAGCGCAAAUCCGGGACACGUGAACCGAGUGUUGCCGGGUCAGUGGGUGGGCGAAGCCGAGAUCCUCGACUGUCUGUCCGUCUACGCCAAGUAUUCGUCCUCCUCCGCUGAUGGAAGCGCUGCAGUGCCCAACUCGGAGACCGUCUUGCAGCGCAGGAGCACCGUGCGCGUCUUCACUGAGGCAACGGACGACGUCGUUCUCUGGGCACUACCCUUCCGCGUCGCCUUCUUCUACCUCUACGCCCCCUAUCAACUGCUGCAUAAGCAGUUUGUCCACCGUACCCCGAUGAGCGCCUUCGCCCACAUCCACCCGGUUCACCUUUCCUGCGUCCCGGUGCACAUGCACGCAAGCCAUGGCUCCUGGCCCGCCUCGGCGGGGCAGGGUCGCGACAGCGGUGCUGCUCCAGUUCUGUGCCGAUACGCGUUCAUGUCACGCCAUGUCCUCUUACUUGAAGAGGGCGAGUUUCUGCUGCGUCUGCCGUCCCUGGCUAGCCACGUGGGUCCUCGCAACGGUGACCGCACCGCUGCGUCGACUAGAGUGGGGAUGGAGGAUCAUCACCUCCUAUCGGGUGUGACCGUGAUAACGCAGCCUCUCCUAGACCUUGAUGCUGCGCUGCGAGCCGCCGUCGCCGCCGAACUGACCGCUGAGCAUGGCGGCGCCACUGUCACGUACGCCCGCGGACCCCAUGGAACACUGGCCCUCGGCAAGCAGGCUGAGCUCUGUCGCUUCCGUGCUGCCAAGAUGGAGCAAACAGCGGCGAGCGCUACCGUGAGCCACAGUGGAGCCAGUGGGACCGCGGAAACAGUCGGCGACAGCCACGAAAACGCAGUGGUGCUUCGCCAAUGCCGCACUGGCGGUACAGCGGCGCAGUGGCGCUACUCCGCCAUCACCAACGAGGAGUUCACCGCUCUCUGUCCUGCACUGCGUGUUGCCCUGACUCGGCACAUCUGCGUGGUGCACGACCUUUGA